GUCUGGCUUUUGGGACCCUACAAGCAACUUAGAACAAGGGGUUUCUAGGUGAGAAGACUACUUGAGGAAGAAGUUUUACAGUUUGUAUCAUUCAUCAAGAGAGAAAAUUUAUGAGAAGCUAGCUGGUAGAAUAAGAAUUCUCCAUUCAGGCACUUAACUGACUUCAAGGACUUUUGCUCCAAGUAGCUGACUCUUGGUGAUCACCUCUGUGCCUUUACGCCAAAGAAGCAUUUUCUUCUCAUGCAGAACUGAGACCUUGGAAUGCUUUAUUAUGGCAGCAGUAGUACAACAGAAUGACCUGAUGUUUGAAUUCGCCAGUAAUGUCAUGGAGGAUGAGCAGCAGCUGGGUGAUCCAUCUAUCUUUCCUGCUGUCAUCGUGGAACACGUACCAAGUGCUGAUCUCCUGAACAAUUACUCGGGUUUAUCCUGUGUGGCUGAACACAGUGUCAUGAUAACAGAAAAUUCACUGGAUGUUGCAGAAGAAGAAAUUAUAGAAGACGAUGACAUCACUCUCACAGUUGAAGCAUCCUGUCCUAAUGGAGAAGAUGAAACAAUGCAAACCAUUGAAGCCGCCGAGGCCCUUCUCAAUAUGGAUUCCCCGGAUCCGUUGCUGGAUGAGAGGAGAACGAGUGAGUCUGAUGCACACAUUUUCGGUGGAGCUGAGGAUGACAUAGACGUUGCUCCUAUUACUCAUGUUUCGGUCACCCUGGAUGGAAUUCCGGAAGUGGUGGAGGUUCAGCAAAUCCAAAACUCACCUGGUGAAUCACCUAGUGCUCUAGCUGUUGAGCAGCCAAAAAAGAAGAAAGGAAAGAAAGCCAAACCUGCCCGUCCAGAUUCCCCUACUCUGACUCCAAACAUAUCCGUGAAGAAGAAGAACAAGGAUGGGAAGGGAAACACCAUUUAUCUCUGGGAGUUCUUACUAGCCCUACUUCAGGACAAAGCUACCUGUCCUAAAUAUAUUAAAUGGACUCAAAGAGAGAAGGGCAUUUUUAAACUAGUGGAUUCCAAGGCCGUGUCCAGGUUGUGGGGAAAGCACAAAAACAAACCUGAUAUGAACUAUGAAACAAUGGGCAGGGCCCUCAGAUAUUAUUACCAGAGAGGCAUUCUGGCAAAAGUAGAAGGGCAGCGUCUGGUGUACCAAUUCAAGGAUAUGCCGAAAGAUCUUAUCUACAUAGACGAUGAUGAGUCAAGUUCAAGCUUGGACUCUCCUGAUGCAACUUUGCUGUCAGUGCCUGCAGCCAAUAGGAACCAAGCAGGCAGAGCCAAAGUGCCUUCGAGCAUGGGACCCCGGGGAGGAUCUGCCGCUGUUCUCAAGGUACCAGGAAACUCAAAGUCUACGAAACUGAAGCAGCCGGUGGAAACUGCUCAACAACUGCCAGCCAUGGCAUCCGAAGUUCUGAGGACGAUGCAGUCUGCUCAGUCAAUACAUCCGACGCAGCUUUACCGGACAGUUCAUUUAAUGCAAUCCGUUCCGGAAGGACACACAGCCAUUACCAAUAAUAUGCAAGAGGAGACAAUGAAUCCUGCUCAGAACAUAAGGACCAUCCAAGCGCCAGGACAAGUGCCAGUCGUCGUUUCACCUGGGAACCAACAGUUGCAUACUGUAACACUCCAGACAGUGCCUCUGACAACAGUAAUAGCCAGCGCAGACCCAACAUCUGCCACAACAUCCCAGAAGUUUAUCCUUCAGGCCAUCCCAACUUCACAACCCAUGACGGUGCUUAAGGAGAACGUCAUGCUGCACUCUUCCAAGUCAGUCUCACCUCCUUCCUCCAUUGUCUUGAGCGCCGCACAGGUCCACCAGGUGCUCAGCAGCAACGUGCAGACAAUUUGCAAUGGAACAGUCAACAUGGCUUCUUCUCCACCCUUCAGCACUGCUGCCCCUGUAGUAACGUUUACACCAAGCAGCUCACAAAUGAUCCCUCCGCCAUCCAGCACAAUGGUCACUUCCGUCAUUAAGGCCCCAGAAAGUCAACCGACGGUUAUUCAAGAGGUGGUAAAAUCAGAGGAACAUGAUGGUACAGUGGACGAAGCCAAACACUCAGAGCAGGGUUUCCAGCAGCAGCCUUUUGUGGUGAUGGUAUCCAGUUCAAAUGGAUUUCCCUCCACAAUGCACAUUAAGCAGGAGAGUGAACAGUUGGAGGCAAGUCCCUGUGAGUAAAUUGGAAGUCAGUGAACUGUGUGGAAGGUGGUUUCCUUAAUGUGAUGGGACUUCUUCAGUUUUGUAUUAUCACUUGAUUCCGAA